AGACAGGGCCACUGGGUGCCAGCCAGCACCUGGGCCAGGUGCCAGGCGGAAGCGCUCUGGCAGAUCAGCCCCGCACCCCCAACAGCCCCACAGGGGGCCCAUCCAGGGCCACACACCUGCCCCCAGGAGCAGGACGUCCCUGAGGCUAGAGUCCAGGGGAACCGGUGGAAGGGUCUCACCCUUUGCCCUUUGACUCCUCUUGUAGGCACCCUCGCUGGGCUCCUAAGCACUCCUCCACACCCUAGCUCUGUCACCAGCCCCAUAGUGAUAUCAUAAGCUCCCAGAUGCCCAGUGUGCACCCGGCCACAGAGAAGUGGGUGACUUAGGAGUAUCCUCUCCGCUUCUCACCCUUAGUUUCGUCUGUGCACAACUCGCUCAAAAUGGGCAACUCACUAAGCGUAUUUUGUUCCUGGUUCCGCCGCAGGUCCUGGCCAUGCCAUCGGCCACCUGCUCGUCUUGUCCGUGAGGCCUUCCCAGCCGGCCGGGCUCACCCCGCGGCUCCUGCACCUGUGCCUGCCCAGGGAACCUGGGGCCGUUACCCACUCCUCUUCAACCGUCAGCGACAUCUUGGGCCUUCUUUUCCAGUCAGGUGGGAUGGUGCCCCUAUGAGGCUGUGUCUUAUCCCUCGGAACACGGGCACCCCACAGAGGGUCCUGCCUCCUGUGGUCUGGAGCCCCCCCUCGAGGAAGAAACCUGUGCUUUCUGCUCGCAACUCCAUGAUGUUUGGACACCUCAGGCCCCCGAGGAUCCCUCGUCUCAGAGGCAAGUUUAACCUUCAACUUCGUUCAUUAGAUGAGCAGGUGAUCCCAGCCAGGCUCCCGAAGACGGAGAUGAGGGCAGAAGAGCCCAAAGAAGCAACGGAGGUGAAAGACCAGGUAGAGACCCAGGGGCAGGAGGACAAUAAAAGGGGCCCCUGUAGCAAUGGGGAAGCAGCCUCCACCUCUAGGCCCCUGGAGACUCAGGGAAACCUCACUUCCUCCUGGUACAAUCCCAGGCCCUUGGAGGGAAAUGUCCACCUCAAGAGCCUGACAGAAAACAACCAGACUGACAAGGCCCAGGUGCAUGCAGUGAGUUUCUACUCCAAGGGCCAUGGAGUCGCCAGUUCACACAGCCCUGCUGGAGGCAUCCUUCCCUUUGGGAAGCCUGACCCACUUCCAACAGUGCUCCCUGCCCCAGUUCCGGGCUGCUCCCUGUGGCCAGAGAAGGGGGCCUUGAAGGUGCUGGGUAAAGACCACCUGCCCAGCUCUCCAGGCUUGCUGAUGGUGGGGGAGGACAUGCAGCCCAAGGAUCCUGCAGCUCUUGGACCAAGUAGGUCUUCUCCACCCAGAGCUGCCGGCCACAGUUCCCGCAAAAGAAAACUGUCGGGGCCACCGCUGCAGCUGCAACCGACCCCUCCCCUGCAACUGAGGUGGGAUAGAGACGAGGGGCCCCCACCGGCUAAGCUUCCAUGUCUAUCUCCUGAGGCACUGUUGGUGGGUCAGGCUUCCCAAAGAGAAGGACGCCUCCAGCAGGGCAACAUGCGUAAGAACGUGAGGGUGCCAAGUAGAACAUCAAAAUUCAGGAGACUAAGAGAGCUGCUUAGGAGGAGAAAGAAGAGACGGCAGGGCAGGCGUGGUGGCCCACGCCUGUAAUCCAGCACUUUGGGAGGCCCAGGCGGGCGGAUCAGGAGGUCAAGAGAUUGAGACCUGAGGAGCAUCUCUGCCUGCACCAUCUGGGAAGUGAGGAGCGCCUCUGCCUGGCUGCCGUCCUGUCUGCGAAGCGAGGAGUGCCUCUGCCCGGCCCCCUUACACUCUGGGAAGUGAGGAGCGCUUCUGCCUGGCCACGGCCCUGUCUGGGAAGUGAGGAGUGCCUCUACCCAGCUGCCCACCAUCUGGGAAUUGAGAAGGAGCACCGCCUCUGCCCGGCCUCCACCCCAUCUGGGAAGUGACGAGCACCUCUGCCCGGCCGCCUCACGGUAUGGGAAGUCAGGAGCGCCUCUGCCCAGCCGCCCUGUCUGGGAAGUAAGGAGCGCCUCUGCCUCGCCGCCGUCCCGUCUGCGAAGUGAGGCGUGCCUCUGCCCGGCCUCCCCACCGUCUGGGAAAUGAGGAGCGCCUCUGCCCGGCCACCGUCCCAUCUGGGAAGUGAGGAGCGCUUCUGCCCAGCCACCGCCCUGUCUGGAAAGUGAGGAGCACCUCUGCCCGGCCCCCUCACCCUUUGUAAGGGAGGAGUGCCUCUGCCCAGCCCCUGCACCGUCUGGGAAGUGAGGAGCGCCUCUGCCCGGCCCCCUCACCAUCUGGGAAGUGAGGAGCGUCUCUGCCCAGCCGCUGUGCAACCUUCCACGUGUGAAGUGACAGCCUUGUGUGUGAUCUUUCUGCCCUCCCCAAGUUUGCAUUUUCGACAUUAAAGUUUACUUUUUAAUUAAAAAAAAGGAGAUCGAGAUCAUUCUGGCCAACAUGGUGAAACUCUGUCUCUACUAAAAAUACAAAAAUUAGGCGGGCAUGGUGGCUUGUGCCUGUAGUCCCAGCUACUCGGGAGGCUGAGGCAGGAGAAUGGCUUUAACCCGGGAGGUGGAGGUUGCAGUGAGCCGAGAUCGCACCACUGCACUCCAGCCUGGUGACAGAGCAAGACUCCGUCCUGAAACGAUGUUGUAAUUGAGAGCAGGAUGGUCUUUUGGGACAGGAGGGACAAGAGGUUCUGGUUACC